AUGGUAACCUACUACAAGUGUGAGCUUGUUUCUCCACCAUAUAUCCUGUUCAUGGGAGCCGAUAAAUAUGAAAACGACAAACUCAUACGAUGGGGAUGGCCAGAAGAUGUUUGGUUCCAUGUUGAUAAGUUGUCAUCAGCGCACAUUUAUUUGCGGUUAAGGGAAGGUGAAACCCUUGAUGACGUCCCUGAAGCUGUUAUUCAGGAUUGUGCUCAGCUUUGUAAGCAAAACAGUAUACAGGGUUGCAAACAAAAUGAUGUGCCCAUAGUCUACACAAUGUGGGAGAACCUACGCAAGACUGCCGACAUGGAAGUGGGCCAAGUCGGGUUCCACAACCAUAAAACAGUCCGCAAAGUUAUCGUCGCCAAGCGAGACGGAGAGAUCCUUGGACGAUUGGGGAAGACUGCCACCACAGUUUCACCUUUCUCAAGCAUUGUCAACUCCAAGUCUGGAGUUGAAGAUGAAAGCGAAGGAGCACAGGAUGUUGAAUCCCGUUUGCGCGCAGAAAGGGAGGCCAGAGAUGCUAGAGAGCGAGCCAGAUCGCGAGCUGCUCAGAAAGCUCGUGAAAGAGCCGAGAGGGAAGCUGAGAAGGCGAGAGCGGCUGAAGCUGAGAGGCGAGACUACGGCAGAAUGUUCAAGGCGGAGGCAAUGAGAUCGAAUGAAGAUGGAUAUAACUCAGAUGACUUUAUGUGA